UAUUAUUAUUUUAAGUCUAUAUCAGUUGGAUCUCACAAAAAAUUUCCUCCUUUAAUUCUCUCAAUGCUAUAAAUACUUCAGUCGCUCGUUCUGCUCAUCAGUAGGUAAACAAUGGAGAUGUCCCUGCAACCAAAGAGCUCUCUCUUUGGGACCUACCUCGGGAUCAAGCCAGCCCUUACUCCUUCCUUCUCUAAAUCAUUACUUGGGCUUCAGGAAUUCAGAAGAAACAAAGCCACAAUUUGCUUGGCAUCAAGUUCAGACUCUCCAAGAAGGCGUCCGAGGAAGAGUGCAAUACCUAAAAUCAAACCUCCUGCUCGUAAAGGAUUUGCCCCAAAACCACAGGUAGGAACGAGCAGACCCAAAAAAGAUCAGAGUGAUAUCAAAGAAAAGAUUGAUUUACAAUCAAGCAUCUCAAGCAAUUCAGUGAAGAAGGGAGUGGAGGUAUUGGAGAAAGUAGAAGAAGAGGAAGAUACUGACAUUACCUCAGAUGAUGAAGCUUCUGUAGUUACUUCAGCAGAUAUUAGUAAUGGAACGAGCAGACCCAAAAAAGAGCAGAGUGACAUCGAAGAAAAGAUUGAUUUACAAUCAAGCAUCUCAAGCAAUUCAGUGAAGAAGGGAGUGGAGGUAUUGGAGAAAGUAGGAGAAGAGGAAGAUACUGACAUUACCUCAGAUGAUGAAGCUUCUGUAGUUACUUCAGCAGAUUUUAGUAAUGGUCAACCGGAUAGUAGAUUAAAUCAAGUAAAAAUUGAAGGCAGAGCUCAUACAACUGAAUUUGACUCGAGAACUAGUCGCAUAGGGGGUUCUUCUAAGUUGAAUGAAAUCGACUGUGUUGAGCAUCAAAUCUCCAAAAUGGAGAUAACAAAAGGCCACACUCUUGUAACUGAUAGCAUAGAGGGUGACGAAGCCACAGUUGAGAGUGACAUCAAUAUAAAUGAGAAUGAAGAAGAACAGAUAGAUGCACAAGCACAGCGGAAUUCGCUAGAGCUUCUUGCCGAUCAGAAUUAUGCAAGCGGAAAGAAAGUAUUUGUUUUUCCUGAAGUGGUGAAAGCCAGUAAAAAUGUAGAAAUUUUCCUGAAUCGGAGCUCAUCGGCAUUGGUCAAUGAAAAUGAAGUUUUGAUAAAUGGAGCUUUUAAUGGAUGGAAAUGGAAAUCCUUUACUGAAAAGAUGCAUAAAACUGAUCUUAAAGGGGAUUGGUGGUCAUGCCAGCUAUAUGUUCCUAAGGAGGCAUAUAGAAUGGAUUUCGUGUUCUUUAAUGGUGAGAAUGUCUACGAGAACAACAACUUGAAGGAUUUUUUCUUAACUGUGGAAAGUGAGUUUGACGAAUCUUCUUUUGAGGAUUUCUUGCUUGAAGAGAAAAGGAAGGAGCUUGAGAGGAUUGCUGAAGAACGAGCUGAGAGGGAACGACUAGCUGAAGAGCUGCGCGAGAGAGAGGCAGAAAAGGCAGCAAGUGAAGCUGACCUUGCACAAGCAAAGAUGGAAGUACAGAAAAAGCGGGAAGCUGUUAGCCAAGUAAUGAAGUUUUCCCAUGAAUCGGUUGAUGAUUUAUGGCACAUAGAGGCUACUGUAUUUAAAGGCGAGAACAGAGUUAGAUUAUACUAUAACCGAAGCGCUCGUCCCCUUGAGCAUGUUUCUGAGGUCUGGAUUCAUGGUGGUUAUAAUAAUUGGGCUGAUGGAUUGACUAUUGUUGAAAGGCUUCAAAGAUCUGAGAAAAAAGAUGGAGACUGGUGGUAUGCAGAAGUUGUUAUACCUGAUCGAGCACUAGUCCUGGAUUGGGUUUUUGCUGAUGGUCCGCCACGGAGUGCAACAGUGUAUGACAAUAACAAUUAUUUGGAUUACCAUGCCAUCGUCCCAAAUGUUUUGUCUGAAGAACUUUUCUGGGUUGAAGAAGAACAUAGAAUCUAUAGAAAGCUUCAGGAAGAGAGGAAGCAAAAACAAGAGGCUGCACAAAGAAAGGCUGAGAAAACUGCACAGCUGAAGGCUGAAACAAGGGAAAGAAGCAUGAAAAGGUUUUUACUCGCACAAAAGGAUAUAGUAUAUACUGAUCCAAUUGAUGUACAAGCUGGAAAAAUGGUUACAGUUUUAUACAAUCCCUCUAACACAGUUUUAAGUGGGAAACCUGAAGUUUGGUUCAGAUGCUCAUUUAACCGUUGGACUUAUCGCAGUGGCCCGUUACCACCCAAGAGAAUGGAACCUGCACAGAAUGGCACACAUCUUAAAGCAACUGUUAAGGUUCCAAUGGAUGCUUACACGCUGGACUUUGUUUUCUCUGAGCGGGAAGAUGGUGGUAUCUACGACAACAAAAGCGGUAUGGAUUAUCAUAUUCCCGUAGUAGGAGGAACUAUCAAGGAACCUCCAAUGCAUGUUGUGCAUAUUGCUGUAGAAAUGGCUCCUAUUGCAAAGGUGGGAGGUCUUGGUGAUGUUGUUACUAGUCUUUCUCGUGCAGUCCAAGAAUUAGGCCAUAAAGUUGAUAUUAUAUUUCCAAAAUAUGAUUGUAUGAAUCUUAGCAAUGUGAAGGAUUUCCAUUUCCGUCAAAGCUUUUUCUGGGGUGGUACAGAAAUAAAAGUUUGGUUUGGGAAGGUGGAAGGCCUGUCUGUCUACUUUUUAGAACCUCAAAAUGGAAUGUUUUGGGCAGGAUGCAUAUAUGGUAGGAAUGAUGGCGACAGAUUUGGUUUCUUUUGUCAUGCUGCUCUUGAAUUUCUCUUACAAAUAGGGGUUCAUCCUGAUAUUUUACACUGCCAUGAUUGGUCUAGUGCUCCUGUUGCAUGGUUGUUCAAGGAACACUAUAGGCAUUAUGGGAUGAACAAGGCUCGCAUUGUUUUCACUAUUCAUAACCUUGAGUUUGGAGCAGGCCAUAUUGCUAAAGCAAUGCAACAUGCUGAUAAGGCUACAACGGUAUCACGUACAUAUUCAAAGGAGGUCUCAGGAAAUCCUGCAAUUUCACCUCAUCUUUACAAGUUUCAUGGCAUCUUGAACGGGAUUGAUCCUGAUAUAUGGGAUCCGUACAAUGAUAACUUUAUUCCAGUAGCUUAUACAUCAGAAAAUGUUGUUGAAGGCAAGAAGGCAGCUAAAGAAGCCUUGCAACAAAGGCUUGGCUUGAAUAAAUCUGAUCAACCUUUAGUAGGAAUUAUUACUCGCUUGACAGUUCAGAAAGGUAUUCACCUUAUAAAGCAUGCCAUUUGGAGAGCGCUUGAUCGUGGUGGACAGGUUGUUUUGUUGGGUUCAGCUCCAGAUCCUCGAAUACAAAACGAUUUUGUUAAUUUAGCAAACCAGUUGCAUUCUUCACAUGGUGACCGAGCUCGACUUGUGUUAACUUAUGAUGAGCCUCUUUCGCACUUGAUAUAUGCUGGCUCAGAUUUUAUUCUUGUUCCAUCUAUUUUUGAGCCAUGUGGACUCACACAACUUGUAGCGAUGCGAUAUGGAGCUAUCCCUGUUGUACGUAAAACUGGAGGACUUUAUGAUACUGUAUAUGAUGUUGAUAAUGAUAAGGAGCGGGCUCAAGCUCAAGGUCUUGAACCAAAUGGAUUUAGCUUUGAUGGAGCUGAUACAGCGGGUGUUGAUUAUGCUCUCAACAGGGCGAUAUCUGCAUGGUACGAUGCCAGAGAAUGGUUCAACUCGUUAUGCAAGCGUGUGAUGGAGCAAGAUUGGUCAUGGAAUCGCCCUGCUCUCGAUUACAUGGAGCUUUAUCAUGCAGCACGAAAAUAAACGAAAACUUUGGUUUUAGGAGGAAAUUCAAGAGAAUGAACAAUGGUGCUCCAAUCGUUUUUCCUUUUUAUUUUCUCUGUAAAUUCUUCAAGAUUUUGUUUUUCCAUUCUUUUCAAUAAUAAUUAUUGUACAGAAAAGAGUAGUAUAUAGUUCCAUUUUAUUGAGCAGCUGGUUAGUUGCGCUAGAAAUAAGAUGCAGAGAGUACACUUUAUAUAUUCUAAAAAUCAUGAGUUUAUUUUUAGCUA